AUGUCUCAACUCAACUACGCCCGCUACGGCAAGGACAACGUCCGCCUCUACAAGGUCCACAAGCACGGCGAUGGCACCCAGUCCGUCGUCGAGCAGACCGUCCGCGUGCUCCUCGAGGGCGACAUCGAGACCUCGUAUACCGAAGCGGACAACUCCGUCGUCGUGGCCACCGACACCCAGAAGCAGACCGUCUACGUGCUGGCCAAGCAGAACCCCGUCACUCCCCCCGAGCUGUUCGCCUCCAUCGUCGGCACCCACUUCAUCACCAAGUACUCGCACAUCCACGCCGCCCACGUCAAGAUCAUCACCCACAAGUGGACGCGCAUGACGGUCGAGGGCAAGCCGCACCCGCACUCGUUCGUCCGCGACGGCGACGACAUCCGCACCGUCGAGGCCGUCGUCCGCGAAGCCAAGGGCAUCGCCAUCAAGAGCGGCAUCGACAAGCUCCUGGUGCUGAAGAGCACCGGCUCCGCCUUCCACGGCUUCCACCGCGACGAAUACACGCGCCUGGGCGAGACGUGGGACCGCAUCCUGAGCACCGAGGUCAAGGCCGAGUGGGAGUGGAAGCCCUUCGCCGGCGUCGACGACGUGCGCUCCAAGGCCUCCAAGUUCGACGACGCCUUCGCCGCGGCCAAGACCAUCACCCUCGACACCUUCGCAAAGGACAGCAGCGCCAGCGUCCAGAACACCAUGUACAAGAUGUGCGACCAGAUCCUGGCCGCCGCCCCGCUGGUCGAGACCGUCAGCUACUCGCUGCCGAACAAGCACUACUUUGAGAUUGAUCUGAGCUGGUUCAAGGGUCUGAAGAACACCGGCAAGGACGCCGAGGUUUUCGCUCCUCAGAGCGACCCCAAUGGUCUCAUCCAGUGCACCGUUGGUCGCAAGGGUUCCAAGGCGAAGCUGUAA